AUGUACAGGCUGAUGAUGGACGAGCAGCCCUUACUGGACCAGCUGGAUCAACCACUCUCAGGCCGCUGCCUGCUGGGUAGCUUGCCGCCGUCCCUCUCUUCCCUCACGUACCUGCAGCAGCUGGUGAUUGACGGGUGUGACGUGCUGGACAGCCUGCCGGAGGGACUGGGCCGCCUGACAGUGCUCCAAGUCAAGAACUGCCCGCUGCUGCACCACUUCCCCUCCCUCGUGCCCGCACCUCCUUCCACCUCCAACGCCGCACCUGGGGAAAGUUGGGCCCAUGCUACCCCUGCUGCCACUGCUGCCGCUGCGCCUGCUCCUCAUUCUGCAACACGCCCCUCAGCGGGCCUUGCUUCUUGCUCCUCCCCACUCCCAGCGCUUCACAGCCUGGAGAUUUCCAACUGCCUGAGUCUAACAAGCCUUCCAUGCGGCCUCGAUGCCCUGCCGAGGCUGGAGCGAUUCACCCUGGAUAAGUGCAGCAAGCUGGGCUUUACGGAUCUCCUCACCGCGUUCCUCUCCGCGGCCUCACAUACUGCGCCCAUCGCCCUCCCCCCCUCCGUCACCAGCGUCUCACUGCUUGACGUCUUCCAAGAAGCGCGUUACCUGCCGGACUCCUUCCUCUCCCUCUCGCGCCUCACCCAUCUCUACCUGAACCAUAUCAUCUCUCUCCACGCGCUCUUCGCCCCUCGCCCGCAUGGCGCCCAGGCCGCAACUGCCGUUGGAGAGCUGGACCCGGGCAGUGAAGGCGGCCAGGUUUACGGUUUUCCAGUCGAUCCUCAACCCGGUCAGCCGGCCAGAUUGGCGCUCCUCUCGUCUCUGCAGCACCUGGCUAUUGUGAAAUCGCGCCUGCCGUUGCUGCCGAGUAACCUCAGCGACCUCAAAAGCCUCAAAGUGCUCAUUCUUGAGAGGUGCAUUUGCAUGUCCUCCCUCCCCUCCUCUCUACCUCACCUUUCCAACCUCGAAAAACUCGUUCUGAGCACCCUUCCUAGGCUGGCGCGCCUGCUCGAGAAUCUCGGGCAGCUGAAGGCCCUGAAAGAGCUCACUGUGGAGGCGUGCGAUGCUUUGGUGGGGCUGCCAGCGUCCAUCGGCCUCCUCUCCUCCCUCGUCCUCCUCUCCGUCAUUGAAUGCGACAAGUUCUCCUCUCUCCCCGACUCCAUCGGCUCUCUCCCCCGCCUCGCCUCCCUCAAACUCAACUGCUGCUUCCGCCUGCGCCGCCUGCCAGAGUCCAUCUCUCGCCUUCCCGCCCUUGUGAUCCUCUCACUGGAAGACUGUGAGGGGCUGCGGGCGCUACCGGAGGGGUUGGCUGGUGUGGGAACGUUGAGGGAGGUGAUCAUAGGAGGGUGUGGCAGGCUCAAGAGUUUGCCACAGUCGCUGCUGGAUAGGCAGCAUGUGAUCGACCUGCAGGGCAUUAACUGA